UUUAGUACCCAGGCUUUCUCUGGCAUUAUUUUUCAUCGACCAGCGGUAUUGCCCAAUACUUUUCAAGAUGGCGGACGAAGAAGAAGAAGAUUACAUGUCAGAUAAAUAUUUACUUGAAGCUCCGAGUUCCACUGAGAGACUUCCAAUUGAUAAACGUACUGCUUAUAAAAUCAAAAAGGAGCUACAGCACAAGCUUUCUAAUGUGAAGAAUAAAGCUAAACCUUUAAAAGAAAAGGAAAAGGAGAAGAGAGAGGAAGGAAUGUCUACUGCUCUCGACUCGACCAACAUUGGGUUUGCUUUACUGCAGAAGAUGGGAUACAAGAAAGGCACGGGCCUUGGAAAGGAAGGUACUGGCAGGGCUGAACCAAUUCCAAUUUCACUAAAAUCUGAUAGAGGAGGCCUUGGACGAGAUGUGCAUGUCAAAAGGCAACAAGAAAUCAGAGAAAAAUUAUUUGAAGAAAGAGAGAAAAAGAGGUCGAAGCUGCAGGAAAUAAAACAAGAAGACUUCAGGAAACACAUGAGUAACAAAUUUGUGGAUAAAACAAUACAAUCAGAUUUAUACAAGAGCCAGAAAGCUUGUGAACAACUGGACACAGCAAAGGAAUUGACAUGUAAAGAAGCCUGGUUCUGGCCAGAGAUUAAAAAAGAGGAGGAAGAAGAAGAAGAAGAAGAAGAAGCAACUGAAAAUACAAAUGAACCAGAGCUAGAGCCUUAUGAAAAGUUAAUCCAAUUAACACAAUAUUUGAGAACCCAACAUUAUUACUGUAUAUGGUGUGGUAUCACCUACAAUGAUGAAUCAGAUUUAGCACAAAACUGCCCAGGAGACACAGCAGAAGAUCACGAUUAGAACUAAAUUAUUUAAAAUUCGUUUAUCAGAAAAGCAAUAAAAAAGAGCUGUAUUUAUAAAACUAUCACAAAUUUACCUCUCUCUCCUUCUUUCCACGAGACCUGAAAAACAUUUAAAAAGUUUCUGAAAAAUUGGGUACUGAAGAAUCCCGUAUAAUAUUACAGUUUUCUUGUAACUUUAUUACAAGGGUCUUUCUAAUGUUCUUAGAUAAAGUUUUACAAGCGACUAAUCUUUUACACUGUAAAUUGCUAGAAAUGUUUAAUUCAUUUUGUAUUUUUAAAAACUCUCAUUGCUUUCAACCUAUUAUAUUCCUCGUUAAAAUAUUUUUACUUUGUAUAAUACCGAAGUCAGUGAAGAAAAUAAACUAUAUAUAAAUCACUUUUUAAAACUUUUUUGCUGUUCUCACUCCACUGAAAUCAAUAUCUUUGUAUUCGAAAAUGUGGUUAAGUUAACCAAACGGAUUUGGAUGACCGUGAUGAUGGUCAAGGCAUUCUCGUAGACGUAAGGUUUCAGUUUUGGCACUGGGGUCUUAAAUAAAUGUGGUCAAAUCUUUAUGUAUCUUAUACAGGAGAAUUCAAUACGAAAUUGUCACCCACAAUUUCAUAUAAUAAAUUGGAAUAAACAAGUCAAUUCAUAAACAAAGUAUAAAAACAGAUUUUUUUAAAUAAACAUGCCUCGUCUUUGUUUUGACAAAGAGUUCAAGUUUCCUGUAUUUACUAGGUUGCCUAUGGCAACUAUCUAGAUAUAAUAGAGUGCAGUUCUUCUAGAAUAAGUCUUUGUCUCUCAACAAACUCUUGGAUGCAAAAAGACGAUCUUUUUCAGCGAGUUAUGUGCAAAACCAACCGUUUUUUGGAAAGUCAGAAAAAUUUAAUAUUGAAAAUUGUUUACAGAGAACAACUAACCAUGAAUUUAAAAAAAGGAAUUUGUUUUCUGGUUUGCGAUAAUUUUUAGACAGUUGUGUUUUCGUUUCC